GGGGUAAAAGUUUUAAGUGAAGAUUUUUUUGAUUGCUACACAAGUGACAGCUGCAUGCUUAGCUUUUAAGAGCGAGCUACUUCUCCUUGCCAUGGCUGUAUUCUUCUCAUCUUUAAGUCCUCAACGAACUUGAGCAGGCAAUUAGGCUCUUGUCUUUGGGACGUGGACACACAGCACCCCAUACCAUCUCUGUUGUUUGAAAGCCGAGCCUGUUAUUUUUGAAGUGGAACAAGAUGGGCGACAAAACGCCCAAGAAGGAGGAGCGUGGUAGUGAUGAAGUCAUCCGGACCCUUUUUCUAUCGGGUCUGCCUCCAGAUGUCAAAGAUAGAGAGCUGUACAUUUUAUUUCGCCCCUUUGAUGGAUAUGAAAGUUCACAAGUGCAACUCACCUCACGAUCACCUCAUCCUGUAGGGUUUGCGGUGUUUGUGGAUCAGGCGUCUGCUCUGAUAGCAAGGGAUGCUCUCAAU